UCGAUAGUGGCUCACCACUAAUUCUGAAAGCUAAAAAUGCAAAGUUCGACCAAAUUUUCGGCAAACCUGUAGUGCUCCUCCGGUAAAGUUCAUCCGCUGCGUGGCAGGACGAACAGGAUCACCUGAUCCUCUCGAGGAUUAGAUAUAGCAUAUAUACAGAGGAGGGUUCCAUAGCGAAGGUUUCACAGUUGAAGCGUCAAUCAAAACUGCCAACUCCCACACACAAACAAAAAAGAAAAAAAACGCGAAAAAGGUCAAGUUGUCAAUUGGUAAUCCGGAUUCCAAGAGGGAUUGCUGUGGAAAAUGCAACAGAACACGGCCAGCAAUCCGUUUGCCAUGUCCACGUACGUGGAGCGACCCCAAAUGGGAUUGGAUGUGGAAUUCGGAGCGGAUCCUGCGAGUGGAGCUGCGUUUUUCCAGUCCGACGGUCGAAAACACGAUGAUCUCAAGCAGAUGUUGGACAGCAACAAGGACGGGCUCAAGCUGGAGGCCAUGAAGAGGAUCAUCGGGAUGAUUGCCCGCGGUCGGGAUGCCAGUGACCUGUUUCCCGCUGUGGUCAAGAAUGUGGUGUCCAAGAAUAUCGAGGUGAAGAAACUGGUCUAUGUCUACCUGGUGCGCUAUGCCGAGGAGCAGCAGGACCUGGCCCUGCUCUCCAUAUCCACGUUCCAGCGGGCCCUCAAGGAUCCCAAUCAACUGAUCCGGGCAUCGGCCCUGCGGGUUCUCUCCUCCAUAAGGGUCAGCAUGAUCGUACCCAUUGUGAUGCUGGCCAUAAGGGACAGUGCCGCCGACUUGAGUCCGUAUGUGAGGAAGACGGCGGCCCAUGCCAUCCCCAAGCUGUAUUCGUUGGAUGCCGACCAGAAGGACGAACUGGUCAUGGUCAUAGAGAAGCUCCUCUCCGAUCGCACUACUUUGGUGGUGGGCUCGGCAGUGAUGGCCUUCGACGAGGUCUGCCCGGAACGCGUGGAUUUGAUCCACAAGAACUAUCGAAAGCUGUGCAAUCUUCUGGUGGACGUGGAUGAGUGGGGUCAGGUGAUCAUCAUCAAUAUGCUGACCCGCUAUGCACGCACCCAGUUCGUGGAUCCCAAUGCCGAUGACGAUGAUCUGGCCGAUGGUCUGGCCGAAACGCCCGUAAACGAACGUUUCUACGACGAAUCCUCGCACUCCUCUUCCCACAGCGAAGACGCAAAUAGUAGCGCUGAUGAUGAGGAUGACAAGACCAAGGCCCGAACCAAUAAUAACAACAACAAUAAUAAUAAUGGCAGCAGGACGCCCAGUUCGCCAAGCAACAGCUACCACAUCGAUGUGGACCAUCGCCUGUUGUUGAGGCAAACGAAACCACUGCUCCAGUCGCGAAACGCAUCCGUUGUGAUGGCGGUGGCGCAGCUGUACCAUCAUGUGGCGCCCAAGAACGAGGUGCAACUGAUAGCCAAGGCGCUGAUACGACUGCUGCGCUCGCACAAGGAAGUCCAGAGUGUGGUGCUCAACUGCAUUGCCUCCAUGGCCACCAAGCGAAAGGGCAUCUUUGAGCCGCACCUCAAGUCGUUCUUUGUGCGCACCAGUGAUCCCACUCAUCUUAAGCUCCUCAAGCUGGACAUUCUCACCAAUUUGGCCUCGGCCGGUAGUAUUUCGCUCAUCCUACGCGAAUUCCAAACCUACAUCUCCAGCAGCGAUCGUUCGUUUGUGGCGGCCACCAUACAGGCAAUUGGACGAUGUGCGUCCAGCAUCAAGGAGGUCACCGAGACCUGUUUGAGUGGCCUGGUCCAUCUGCUGUCCAAUCAUGAUGAGCACGUGGUGGCCGAGAGCGUGGUGGUGAUUAAGCGACUACUGCAGACAAAGGCAGCCGAGCACUUCGAGAUCAUCACCCAGAUGGCCAAACUGAUUGACUACAUCAAUGUGCCGGCAGCACGGGCGGCCAUCAUCUGGUUGAUUGGCGAGUACAAUGAGAAGGUGCCACUGAUUGCACCCGAUGUGCUGCGCAAAAUGGCCAAGUCGUUUGUGGACGAGCAGGAUGUGGUCAAGCUGCAGGUGCUGAAUCUGGGCGUUAAGCUCUACCUAACCAAUCCGGAGCAAACGUCGCUGCUCUGCCAGUACGUGUUCACGCUGGCCCGCUACGAUCCCAACUACGAUGUGCGCGAUCGUGCCCGUUUCCUGCGCCAGAUCAUCUUCCCGGCCAGCGGUUCGAGCUCGGUGCUCAGCCAGCAUGCCCGCCAAGUGUUCCUGGCCAGCAAGCCGGCCCCGUUGCCCGAGAGCAAGUACCGCGAUGGAAACACCUACCAGCUGGGCUCGCUGUCCCAUUACUUAAACAUGCCGGCGGCUGGCUACAAGGAACUGCCCGACUUUCCGGUCAUUCCGCCGGACUCGUCGGUGCGCAACAUAGCUGGUUUCAUGCAGGACAAGCUGCCCGGCGAGGAUUCCCCCUCGGGGCGAACUACGAAGGCGGCUGCCGGUGGCAGUGGCGGUGGCAAGCAGAAGGGUUCAAGGGCGGCUGGCGAAAAGGGUUUCCUCUCCGAAUCGGAGGACAAGUCGUCGGCGUACUCGGAGUCGGGCAGCAGCAGCAGUGGCAGCAGCAGCAGCAGUGGCAGCAGCACCAGCGACAGUGACUCCGAUGGCAGCGGCAGCAGCGGCGAGGAGGAGGAGCAUCGAAAGGAGCUGCCCGCAAAGGUUUCCUCCACAAAGCAGGAGCAGCUCAUCGAUCAAAUGCCCACAUUGCCGGCGAAAGCCAUCACGAACAAUAACAACAAUGCGGCUGCUUUCUCGGGCACCUCGGACAGCGAGGAUUCCUCGGCGUACAGUGGCAGUGGCAGUGGCACCGACGACAGCGACUCCAAUAGCGACUCCAAGGAGCAGCAGCCAAAAAUGGAGAAGGUAAAGGCAAAAGAGGAGAAGCAGAAGCAGCAGCCGAAGCAGCCAGAGCAAACGCCCUCGAAGAGCAAUCUGGAACUGCUGCUCGAUCUGGAUGACAUUCCGCCCAUUGGUCCGGUGAUGACGCCCUCGCUGGGAGGAUUCCUAACGCCUGGCACUCCACUGAUGGCCGGCCAGGCGGCACCAUUGCAGCCGCAGCAUGCCCGGAACAGGGUGGAACUGGUGGGUCCCUCGCACAUCGAGUUCAAGCACAAGGAGCUGCUCAACAAGGUCAGUGGCCAUGGGCUGCAGUUGGCCUACCGCUUCACCCGCUCGCCGCAUCUCUACUCCUCGAGCAUGUGCUCCAUUGAGCUGCAGUUUCAGAAUCGUGGCGAGCAUGAGAUCACGGCGAUUCGUCUGGGAGCCACGACAUUGCCAGCCGGCAUGCAGUUGAAUGAGUUUGCGCCCGUCACCGUUCUGCAGCCGCAACAGACGGCCAGCGGAGUGCUGGGCGUGGAUUUCAAUGACUCUACGCAUGCGCUGGACUUGGAGCUAAUCUCCAGUGCGGGCACGUCGCGAUUGCAACUGAAACCGCCGGUGGGUGAGCUGGUGAGAUCCGUCCAGAUCGGCGAGAGCUGUCACCGCGAGGAGCGGUCCAAGUUGAGGGGCAUGAACGAGCACCAGUGCGAGUUGCGCGGCUUGCGAAGGGAUCUGAUCGAUGUCAGUGCUCUGCGGCAAAAGGUUUUCGAGUGCAUCAAUGUGGCGCAUACGCACAGCUCGCCAGGCGGCCAGCUGCACUGCUUUGCCGGCCAAACGCUGAGCUCCAAGAGUCUCGUCCUGCUCACCCUCCACUGGCAAACGGAGGAGUCGCUCGCGCUGCUGGUCAACUGCGAAAAGAUGGUCAUCGGAUCCAUGGUGCUCAACGAACUGCGCAAUGCCCUGCAGCUCAGCUUCGCCAUGUGAGCAACGGAGGACACGAAUGCGAACGAGAUGGCAGAUGAUCAGGGGAAUCCCCCGGGAAUAGGGCUACUCAAAGGGAGAACAAAGCAAAGCCGCCUCACUACGUAAACCUAAGCUUUCCACAUCUGGAAUAUACACUGUAAAGGGCGGGACGAAAGUAAUUCUCUUCAAAAUGUCUGAAGAUUCCACUUUCGCAACAUUUUCCUCGAAAUUUAACUCAAUGUGCAAUGUAACGAUCGAUCGAAAAUGUGAUUCGGAAGUGGAACUAAGAAUGCCAAUCUAUAGAUUAACGAUUGAUGGGAGUUUGCAAAGUGGAAUUCAAACGUAAUUUAUUCAUUUUAAUUGUGUUUGUAAAUUAGAAAGUCAAUGAAAAGUGAUGGAAUCAACAUACUAAAAACUAUAUUUCUACUUUGCAAAUUCCAUGUCUCACAGUGCAUUAUAUUUUACUACAGUUUACUGUUCAAAACGGAGACUAGCUACAUAAAUAUUUUCUUAUACAUUUUUAUUCGCUUACAAUGAGAUAAUUUGCAUUCAAGAGUCACCAUUUAUUUUUGUAAAUGGAUGAACUCAGCUUGAGAUUAUUAUAGUUUCCGGAUUGAACUUUGAAUGCUUCACAAGGAUUACUUAACGCCCCGCUCCUUUAUACAUGAAUCACGAUUCUAUCGCUUUUACUAUUCCUAUAUACAAACUGCAACCACAAAUUCCAGACGCAACGAGUGUGUAAUUGUUUAAACUCGAAUUGUUGCCAAUCAUAAAUGCAAAUCCAAAUCUAAAUCCAAUCCAUCCUAGUUAGCUAGGCGUGUGUGUAAUGUGUGCAUGACUUAUCGAAACGUAUUUGUAAAGUGUUUGAUGUUGUAAAUCUGUUGCGUUCGUGCUCUAUGCGGCCUUCUUCAAAUCGUAGCAAAGACAAACGAAUAUCGAAUCUAUAUAUUAUAUAUUAUAUUCAUACAAUAUACAGCGCAAAAACUGGCAAACUAAAAAGAAAAAAUGAAUGAACGUAAUAAUAAAAUAAAACUACAACAUUGUUAAUCUGCCUGAAA